AUGAUCGAGGGUGGAAGUGGCGACACUUAUGCUGUUGUUUUGAUGGACACACAAGGAACCUUUGACAAUGCCUCCACUUACAUGCAAUGCACAACCAUUUUCGCUCUUUCAACAAUUGUCAGCUCUGUACAAAUCUACAAUCUCGUUGACACGAUACAGGAGGAUUCCCUUCAACAUCUUUCACUUUUUGUUGAAUAUGGCCGUUUGGCAUUGAGAGAAGCACAACAAUUCGGAACACCGUUUCAAUCACUAGUCUUUUGUAUUCGCGACUUCAAAGCACCCGAAGAUUUCCCCUAUGGAAAAGAGGGUGGAGUACAAUUCCUUGAUCAAGUAUUGAAAACAGAACCCGAUCAACCAGAAGAAUUGAAAACGGUUAGAGAACAAAUUCAUUCGUGUUUUGAAGAGAUUCAAUGCUUUUUAUUACCCCAUCCAGGACAUCGAGUUGCUGAAAGGGGAUCCUUUCGAGGACAUGUCAAAGAUCUUCGACCAAUCUUUCGAGAAGAAGUCCGCAAGAUGGUCGUUGCUCUUCUUGAACCGCACAUAUUGAAACCAAAGAUUGUGAAUGGAAAAGCGGUGACUUGUCGAAAAAUGAUUCAAUUCUUUAAGGAAUACGCGGCAACAUUUGAUGGAGGGACAUUGCCUGAGGCAAGGAGUAUUCUCAAUGCAAAUGCUCGUCUUUUAUGUAUUGAGGCAUGCCAUGAAGCAAAACUUACAUACUGUCGAGGAAUGGAUCGAUCAACUUCUGGUCCAAGAAUGAUGCCUGAGAAGCAAUUACUACGAUUACACAUUAAACAUGGAAUUACCGCAUUGAAUAUUUUUGACAAAUGCCCAAAGAUUGGAGCCUCAGAAGUACGAUCGAAAAUGUUGGAGAAGUUACAAGAAGAUAUAAAUGCUGAAUUAGAAAAGUACAAGCGGGUGAAUCUGGAGAAAAGAGUGACUGGUUGUGCAUCAGCAAUGACAGCUUGCGGGGACAGUCCACUUUUGGGUGUAGGACUUGGAGCCGCUGCAUCAGGAGCUGUGGCAGCAACAGUGAUGACAAUGCAAGCAGGUCUCGUCUCGGCAGGAAUUGUUUCUAUACCGAUAGCUCUUGGAACUCUAUUUGCAAUCUGGAUCUAUGUUUACGCGAAACCGUAUGUCGAGCAAUGUUUUGAGAAAGGAGAAAAGGAUGAUAUCGAAUUGAGAGCACUA